GGCCCAAUCUUGCUUGGCCAGCUCUCCUCACAGACCGUAGGGGUACGAACGAAUCGACAUAAGCUGCAAGUGCCAAGGAAAUUUCCUUCCCUGAAAAUAUAAAGUGAACCCACCAGCAGCAGAGUGGCUCGCAGGUAACUAUUGCCUAAUUCCCCCCGGAGGCAUUCGCCUUCGAAUUGCGAGCUUCUAGCAGCCAGCCGCUAGCAGGUGCCGGUCGCAAAAAGUACUCUACGGUCGUCAGUAACGGGUUUAACAGGCACCGUGUUGUGUUGGACAUAAUUUAACUACCUUUUGAGUGCGACAGUGUGUCACCUAACGCAUAUUCUGAACAAAGUGCAGUUUUGGUUUAGCCACACAUUAUUGUAUCAAAAUGAGCAGCAGAGACAGCAUCAGUUUGGCAAAGUUAAAAGGACAAAAAUGGCGGCUUUUCACGGAUAUUUCUAGUAAAUGGACUGGAUUGGAUUCUGACGAUGAGGAUAUUCCUAUCAGUGAGCUCGGUGGAGAACACCGUAGCAAGUCGUCGAAGUCACAUAGCAGUCAUCACAAAAACAGUAGCAGGGGAUCAUCAGCUACGUCACUUGGAUCCCAUGCCAAUAGUAAUACUCACCGGAACAGCAGUACUAACCGACAAAGAGGAAGCGUCAUGCGCUUGGAUAAGGCUGAUAUGGGUUUGUACGGAUUGUGUCCAGAAACCGAUCCUUUCUAUGCUGUAAUCUGUGAUAUAUGUGGCAGCGUGGUGAAACCACAGGGCCUUCAAAAGCAUAUGAUAAACCGUCACCAUUCCUACUACAGUCACGCUACAAAGAAUCUAGCCUCGUUAUUACAUAACAGUCGUGAUCAUCACCACAAUCACGAGCUGACAUCCCGGAGUAUCAACAGUUCUAGUGAUUCCAGCAGAUCUGAGAAGCUGCAUCAAUCAUCUAGCAGCAGUGCUUCGAAACACGAAGACUUGGAUAAUACACCACUUAAAAUCCGGAGCAGUAGUUCCAGCUCUAAGACUAAAAGCAAAAAUGGCAAAAGUGUGUCUUCGUCCCACAGUUCCUCACACCAUAAUGGGAAAUCUUCCAGCUCUAGCAGUAGCUCGAAAUCGUCCACACAUGAGUCUAACCCACCGACAGAUUCCAGCAGCACGGUUCCUGGUUCUCGCGAUCACCAUAAGCACGAAUCUUCUUCAAGUUCAAUUUCCCAAACCAGUAGUGGCAUUUUAGAUAAGAAAGCCUCGUUCACCUCUACCUCAUCAGGUGUUAGCAGUGAUAGCACUUCCUCUAUAAACACAUCGCCUUCGGGAAAGGGAGGAAAGCGGAGCAGCUCGAAGUUGGCUUCCUCCGCUUCUUCGUCAUCAUCGUCCUCAUCCUCAUCGUCUUCAUCUUCCUCGUCAUCCUCGUCCAGUACGACCAGUGGCAAUGGUAGUAGCAGUAGUAGCAGCAGUAACACUUCCACUUCCGUUGUCAGUAACAAAACACAGUCUUCCACCGCCGAGAGGAAAACGGACAGGCGGGAAUACGAUCCGGAUAAGCAUUGCGGAGUGGCGACUGUGGAUGGUAAACGACAUUGUACUCGCCCGUUGAAUUGCAAGUCUCAUUCAAUUUCGUCACGGCGAGCCGUUUCUGGUAGAAGUAAAACGUUCGAUAAACUUUUGUCCGAUCAGAAGACUGUUAUGUCCACCAAAGACGACAACUAUAUCGAAGUGGAGUCAUCAAGCAACUCAUCGUCAGGUUUCGAAGUGCGUUCAGCAACUGCCGUUACAGAUCCAACCUUCGGUGCAACAAAUGAAGGCUCACAUCUCAACUAUACUCCAGAGAAAUCUAGUCCACGCAACGAAAGUGCUCCAUCGACUCCGAGCAGUCUGAAAACCUCGAGCAGUUCUAGCAUUGCUUCGUCUCCAUCAGCGAAGUCGUCGGAGUCGAAAAGCGAUCGGUCCAAACACAAAGCUCGUUCAUCAAGUUCAACCUCAUCUAAACACAAUGUGUAUCAUGAUCAACCUUCUUCGCUGCAACAACUUCAACCAGCCUUGGCACCACCAUCAGCAACUACACCUGUUACUUCUGCUCAGUCCAAUUCCGUUACGCAGCUGCGACAUAAGCAGCAACCUCAGCAACAGCAACAACAGCAAAUAGCCAUUCCGGGGGCUGCUGAAAUACUUGCGCAACAUUUUGUAGAGGAAAAUCCUAACACUGUCCUCUCCGAUGCGACGAUCGUUAUGGAUCCUAAUACAAACCUGUUGAAACUAUCUGUUUCCGGUACCCUACAUCCCGCAAAUGAGAACGAAACUCCAGAAGAGUCUAUCCAGCAAUUUACUACUAACCUGAUGCAGGAACAACUGACCGUUACGGUUCCACUAUCUGUGAUAUCUUCGAUGAAUAUUUCCGGAACCAACCUGGUCAACGUGAAUGCCGGGAGCGACGAUCCGAAUGCUUUAACAACUACGACGGCUACCUUGAAUGAUGGCACGACGGUUACGAUGCAUGCUGGGGAACUUUUGGCCGCAAAUGGCACCACGACUGAGGCGGGCUUAACCGGUGCGGAACAGUUCAUCCCGGCAGAACUGAUCAACCAAAUUCCGCUCGUACAGACAGCGGACGGCACUGAAAUCCAUGAUCCUAAUCAAUACAUAACAACUUCGACAGGACAAGAUCUUAGCGAACAUACGCUUAUCACAAACUUUAAUGAUCAGAUCAACUAUACUAUACAAACCUUGGCACAGAACUUAAACGCAGAACAAAUGGCUGGACAAGCGUUACAAACAGAUCUAGCUGAGAGCAUAGACGACAUAGUGCCGACUAUUAACUUGCUUCCGACAGCCGCCAAUCCACUGGUUUUGCCACAGCUACAAGCUGAUCUAGCGGACUCGAUCAUACUCACUCCCAAUCAGUUAACUACAAUAUCUCAAUCCCUUGUCGACCAACAUUUCAUUGAGAAUGUAACUCUGAAACCAGAGUUAGAUAUAUUAACCGUUAAUACGCCCGUAGAUAUAUCUAAAUUGAACCUGCUGAGAACCGUUGACGACGAAUUCAUCAAAGAACGCCAGCAACAACAGCAGCAGGUCAACGCAAUGUACAACGCUCAAAUCGAUGAAUUCCGUGGAGUGAAGAUGUGGUACAGUAGGUUGCCCAAGCCCCUGCAUGUCAACAAUUUCCAACUACGAAAGUUGGGUGGAGGAUAUGUUGUCAACCGAAAGCUACAGAAUAUUCGGAAGAAUUUAGUAAACGAAUCUAAUAAUCUGGCCAAAACGUUAAACUCUCAGUUAUCGCCUAUCGGGGGUCCUCGUAGUGCGCUCAGUUUCAACGCUUCCAGCGUUCGGUCCGGCGAUUUACUGUCGCCAAUCUCCGGAAUGGGUAAGAACAAGGAUACCAACAAUGGUUUGGGCCUACCGGGAUCACCGGUGGGUAACCGCCUAGGACAAGUGAACCGCGGUCAGCGACGGCUUAUACUGCCACAGGCUUCGAUCAAGAAACCAACCGAAAAGACUUCAUGCAUGCUCAGUAAUGCAUACUUUAGAAAUUUAAUUAACUCAAUGCAGCAACAGCAGUCGACUAGCCACCAAACGAGCAACUCCUCGAGUUUGAAGCGACCUGCUUCCUCGUUGACCUCGUUAUCGAACAAACGCUUGAAGAUAAUUAACAACCUGCAAAAUUCAACCGCCCCACCCCAGAUGCUGCUCCAGUGCAGUGGAAAAGUGAAGCCAAAAGUAUUAUAAUUAGUGAUUAGGAUCUAUAAUCUCGACGGCUCCGGAGGCGACACCGACGACAGCGAAUAGAGAGUUCAAGAUCCUGGAGUACACACAACAAAAUGGGAGAAAAGAAAUACACUUAGUCAUUCGAAUGCUAGGCACAUGCAAAUAAAAGUUGCUGCAAUUACAGCCCCGGUUGGCUCUAGCGCGUAAAUUGGAAAACUAUGGACUGAACGAAGUAAGAAGUAAUGUUUGUCUCUACGUAUACAUACUUAUAAAUAAUUAAUCCAGAAUAUUGAACAAAUACUAUGGUAGAUUUAAUGACACAUUUGGGGCUCUUUCCUUGGGAUGACCUUGAAUAAUACGUUGUAAUGUUUUAACAUUUACUUGGAUUUUUGUUGCGAACAUUUUGUUUUCUUCUAUUAAAAAGGCGAGACGAUUAUAUCAAACCAGUUUAUUUAUUCUGUCAAAAGAAAAUACAACUAAUACCUAAUAGUGAAAUCUUAUUUUUCAAUAUUUAUCAAAACCGUAGGUACCAUCAAAGAAAAUAAAACGCCUAAUAAAGUCCCAAGAGAAAAGAUCCCCUAGAAGAAAAACAGCAUUGCAAAGCGUUUUGCUUUCGUUUGUGAGCAGCCUCUCAACUGUCCAUAUGGUACACGGGUACUAAUCACUAGUUUACUCGGAUGACCGUUAAACGUAAAAGCAUUUUGGAUGCUUUGAAGCAUGAACCCAAUGCUUUUCAGUAGGUGUGGUCAUUUAUGGCGAAUUGUUGGGCACUGACCUAGUGAAUUACAUUGCAAACGAUUUGGCCCUCACUAUUGUCCUGGUAGUAAACGGCAUAGUUUGUGAUUUGUUGAAAAAAAUAUCAUGCAAAGAAUGAUUUGAGGAAUACUGUUGAAGAAGCAAAGCGCCAAAAUUAAUAUUUGAACGAUUAAAACAAAUGAGACAAGACUAAAAUAAAUGGCAAAACAAUGAUUCUGCAAUUCAAUCUCUUUUUGUAAUGAGUCCAAAUACAGAUAAACCAUAAUCCCUUGAAA